CAACCGCACUUUCGUAUCACAUUGGGGCAGCGCGAGUGGCACGCACGCCGAUCUUGACGCUGUUGUUGGGUAAAGCAUGCCGUCGGCCGCUGCCAAGAUCGAGAAACCGGCCUCUUUGGAGGGCCAGGACUCCCUCAAGAGCAUCGUGACCAUUUUCGAGAAGAAGACAAGGAACCUCGAAAAGCGCAAGGGGAAGUUGGAGCUCCUGAAGAAGGAACUGGAACAAGGGAAGGAACUCAACGAGGACCAAAAGGCAGCAGUUGGCAAAUAUGACCAGGUGCAGGAGACGCUGGAGUUGACAAAGGAGCUGCAGAAAAGUGUCACUGCUGUCGUCCAAGAGCACCUGCGCCAGACGAAGCGCCAGGCGCGUCGGGAACAGCUGGAGCGUCAGGCACGGGAGGCUCAGCGAGUGCGCGAGCUGCUGGAGGUGCAGGAUGUGCUGAUGGCCCUGGGCUCGCCCGCAGUGCGCCAGUGCUUUCUGGACGGCGAGGAAGGCGCCCCGCGCCUGUCGGCAGAGACCUUGGACCAGCUGGACCAGCUGUACAAGCUGGUGGCCCCCGACAGGGAGGAGUGCGAGCCGGGCACCUUCCCGAGCCUCCUGACGCAGGCAGCGGAACACCUGGUGGCCCUGUUGGAUGCACGACCACGGCCUCUGCUGGACACCACCUACAAGGCGUUGCGGGAGGUGCUGCUGGAGGUACAGCACAGCGCCUACUUCUCUGGGACAUCUGGGGAGGACACGACACCCGCAGCUCCUGCUUCCGAGGAGGAUGCCACGGCCACAGAGGAAGAGGAGCAGCAGCCGCAGGAGGUGCCGCUGGUCACGGGGGACGAGUCGCCAGUCAGCGAGGUACCCGAACCCUUGGUAGAGCAGCCACAGCAGCAGCCGCAGCUUCCACAGCCAGUAGCAACCGCACCAAGCCCCCUGCGGGAAGUUGAGCAAACGACCAUCCCAGUGGCACCAGUUUCUGCAGCGACAACAGCCCCACCUCCGUUGCUGCCUGGCGACACCAUCGCGGAGCCUGCAGUGGUGGCGGAGGCUACUUCCCUGGUUCCUGGUCGGCUUGACUUUUUCCAAGAGUCUCAGAUCGACCUUGAGUCACCGCACAUGGACCCGGCCGUUGUGGCAGCGCUGCCCUCAGUGCCUGCGAUGGCCCCUCCGCCCGCUGCCAUUGUGCAGCCUGCCGGCUUUGUGCUGACCGCUGGCCCUCCACCCCACCCUGCAACAGUCGUGCCCCCUCUCCCUCACCACGCUGCCCCGCCCCCACACCAGCCACUUGUGAGCCACACCAUCCCGCCUCCUCCUCAACCUGUAGUACAGUCAGUCCAACAGCCUGUUGUCCAGCAACAGCCACCACCACCCCAGCCACAUCCACAACAGCCUCCACCACAUCAGCAGCCUCAGCACCAGCCACAGCUGCCACCAAUGACGAUGGACUAUUCGGAGCUCGUGCCAAUCCCCACUGUGACGUUCACCAACCAGAGCCUCCGCAGUGCCCACAGCGACGAUAGGAGGCCACGGAGGGGUGGUCCUGGUGGAGGACCUCCCAGGAGGGGUGGCUACACCAACGGCAAAGGGCCACAAUGGCAGCACAAUGGCAGUGGUCAUGAUCGACCAGAAGGCUACAGGGGUGCCCCACGGCAGGCAGGGUCCGGACCCAGGGGAGGACAGCACCAGGGACGUGGGCGCCCUGCAGGGAACCGCGGCGCCCCACGCAACACCGGUGUUCCAGCUGCAGCCUAUGCCCAGUAGCGGUGCCUGCCAGUGACAUUGCUUUGCCCAGUUGCCCCGGGAGGGCGCUGCUACCAAUGCACCCAUCUGACUCUGCCUCCUGUCUGGGAGUUGCCUCUGCUGCCCCCUCAGCCAAUUCUGUUUCCUUCUUUCUCUUGUUAUAUACUGUUGCCCCUCUCCACUCCCAGACUUUCUCCCUCUCUGCACAUUUUGUUUUUCAUUCUUGUCCCUUUAUGUAUGUGUGCCUGUACAGUCUGCCCGGGGCAGUGGAAGGCACUCUUCCUCCUCUUUGGGGUGGGCGGGGGUGUGCUCUGUCAAAGAAAAAGGUCAUCUCUCAGGCGUGCGUGCCAGGACCAACAGCCCUCGCCCUCCUUUUCCCCUCAUUCUGCAGAGAGUUUGUGCAUAAAACACAUUGUUUGUUCCCCUCUCCACUCUUUCUUUUCCCCUUCCUGUUUCUGUGUGGAAGUGGACACCAGCAGUUGUGCACAGGGCCGUUUGUCUGUGGCAUGCACUUGGAAAAGCAAGAUGCAACGCAUGCCGAGGCAAAUAAAGAAAAGAGCCGAGGUGGAUCUUCUAGUUUUAAAAAAUG